AUUUCGGCUGAAACACUGUCAAUUGUGAGCAAUGAACGACGAAAAAACUAAUGUAAUUGAAGUUUGGCGUGGGAGACAAAUAUUGUCGAUGGAUUCAAGACUUAUAGAUUUAGGAGGAUUGAUUACUGCUUCUGGAGAAAUUGGCCGUGAACCCGUGACACAGUUGCUUCAUAACCUUCAGCUGCAUUCAAGAUACUCUCAGGGAGAUUGUGUCAACUCAUUUUAUGCAGACAAGCGAAUUUUACUAAAGGGAUGUGGAUUUUUUGGACCCUUACCACUUAAAAUUGUAGGGCAAUCGUUGUCAUACAAAAUUUCAGUUCGACUAGAUAUGCAAUGGAAGCCUUUUGACUUAAGCGACGGAGAUGACCUACGAACACGAACUCUGGCCCAAGUGUUCAAAAAUGUGACCAUUGACAUGACUCAAACCAACAAUAAUACAACAAUUAUUCCAGUUGACUUCGAAUCCCCUAUUUCUCUGGAUCCUAAUGCUCUCAAGUACAACUUGGUUUUUCGUUUCGAGGGUCCCCCAACGUACGAGUUGGACGCAACGAAACUAGAAACAAAUGUUGAACAAGCUGGUAUAAACUUUUUCUUCUGGCCUGGUUCUAAGCAAAUGCCCGUUUUGAGAUUUUGCAACCCGCAGGAAUCAUAAAAUUAAUAAAAUAUUUACAAACUGUCUGGAAUGGCCUGUAGGAGUAUGCAGCACUAAAUAUUAUAUACAAAUGACUAUUACUGCGUAAAAUGUUAAACUGAAUUAAAGCUAGAAUAAUUUCCAACUCGUUUAUAAAUGCGUAUAUGUAUUAUGCCACAGGGUAAAUGAUAUAUGAACGUCAGUUCUAUAGUCGUACUACAUGUUAUUCAAAUAAUAGAACAAAUUCAAGCAAAGAAUUGGUAGUUGUGAGAAUGCCGAGAUUUUGUCCAAAUUCGCUAAUUGAAUAAUAUAAAUCGUAUAAUAUGAUACUAAAUUUUCAUAACUUUCACAAAAUAUUGUUUUCAUUUAUCUUUGUGUAUUAAGAUUUUGCAUUUAUUCUAAAUUUGGGCACGAGGGUUUUUUAUGCUUCCAGUCAGACCUUGAUAGCGUUCAAGUAUUGGGGCAUAUAGUUCCUCCGAGGUGUUCAUCGAAUAGGAUUCCAUAUAUGUAAAUGGCUGCAAUAUGAUGAGUAGUGUGAGUAAAUAGACAUAGCAUGACAUGCUAUGCUAUGUCUACUUUCUCAAUUAAUAAGACACAUUGUGUCUUAUUAAUUGCAUAGUGUAAUUUAUAUUAAAUAUUUAAUAUGGAUGUCUUUUAUACACGUGCAUAUGCUAGGACAUUCUAAUAUUUGAGGAACCUUUUCACGAUGGAAUUUUUACGAAGAAAGUUAGCAAACAUGCUAUUGUACAUAUAUCAUAGGUCGCUCCGAAUGUUAAUUGAGAACCAAUGAGUAACUAAUGUGUAUAUUCUUUCUUGUGAUAUUUUAUUUUACACAGAGCUUGUGCAAAAGCAUGCAAUGCAAGACAAUAAAGAUUUAAAAAAUAUG